AUGUUUCCCGGAGGACCUGGCUCACAGGAACCAUUUUCUUCCAGGAAUCAAUCAAAUCUGCCAACAGCCUCAGACUCGCAAUCGAACGUUGGGCUUUCGUCUCCACUAGUCCAGUCAGCGGAGACUCCUGACUUUGCACAAAGCGUCCUUCCUAGACCAGACUCCCACUGGCCCGUUGAGCACAUUCAGAGUUCUAUUUCUGCUGUACAAGGUGGUUCGCAAUCAACAGGAUUUGCACAGCCACUUCCGUCGCAUCGUUCAACAACGCUGAAUCCGGGCACGAGCCAGCCUCACACUCUGCCAGGCUUGAACUAUCCACCCACAGAGCCAACAGAGCAGUCUUGUAUCGAGGACACAGCUCCUAUUAAAGAAGAAAUUGAGUCAGAAGAUCCACGAAUAUGCGUGGACAAACCGACCUUAUCAACCUUUGCAACCACCAGGACAAAUGAGCCCGCCAUUUCCAUCUUCACAUCCUUCAUACCCUCCAUCAAGCUAUCCGAUGGUCUAUCCCAAUCACCCAAAUGGGCCGCUACAUGGAUACCAACAACAAGAACAUCAACUACCGGCGUCUUAUCUCGUAGCACCUGGCAAUCCUUCCCGUCACAGUCAGCCUCGAAGGUAAGCCGAUUGAUUACCUGGGCUCGGAAAAGACUGACAUUUCCAAUCCAGUCCACCCCUCGUCCGUCCUUUCCACCCUCAAUCUGUUUCGGGCACUCCUCAGCCCGAGCAGCCUCUGAUGACGUCGUAUGUCGAACGUCCGCUCGAAGUGCAAAAGAUCCAAUAAUCUGGUUGCUAACAUCCAGGGGUAGCCCUCCUCCUUAUAUGAUAAACCAACCUGCCUAUUACUUCCCUGACACAUCACCCAUUCCAUCGCACCCUACCUCCAUGAGCUCUCAGCCACCAUCGAUGACUGCCCCGGAGCCGAUGUGCUCUUCACCAGAAUCAGCCGCCGCUACAGAUUCUGACCCAGCCCGAGCACUCAAUUUGCGCCCCCGACCACAAUGCUGGGACCAUGGUUGCAAUGGUCGUGAGUUCUCAACAUUCAGCAAUCUUCUCCGCCACCAGCGAGAAAAGUCAGGAGUGGUGGCUAAGGCUGAAUGCCCAAUAUGCGGUGCGGUAUUUACACGUACGACAGCACGCAAUAUUCAUGUUGCGCAGGGCAAGUGUAAAAGCUCAGGGAGGGAAUCACCCGCUGAGUAG